AUGUUGAUCCCUCGUUUCGUCAGAUUUGAUUUGGAUGCUGUGAUAUAAAAGCCGAUUUUCUAGCUUCGCCAAGUGUUAGUUGGUUAUCCGCAAUGUUUGUCCGCUGCCUGGUUUCCAUGAUGCUUCAGUUGCUUCCCAUCCUGGGAGUCCUAACAUUGCAGGGGGUUUCCGCUGGCGGUGCCGACAGUAUCCAACCCCGCAUUAUUGGGGGUCAGGUAUCGAGCAUCAAGGAAGAAAAGUAUCUGGUGCAGGUCACAACGUCCACAGAGAUGUGCGGGGGCUCGCUGAUUCAACCCAGGUGGGUGAUCACGGCGGCCCACUGCGUGUACAGAAAGAACAAGGACGAUCUGAAGAUAUACGGUGGAGCGUCGAACCAGGCGGGUCCCUAUGCCACCAUCCGUCUGGUGGACUUUGUGGCCAUUCGUCCGGACUUUAGCAUGAAGACACUCCACAUGGACGUGGCCGCCCUACGGCUGCAGUCGGCGAUGGUGGGCGCUAACAUCCAAACCAUUGCACUGGCCUCGCAGCCCGUGCCACCUGGAGCGAUAGUGAAGGUGUCCGGCUGGGGCUCCACCAGUGCCACCUCCUCGGACACAGCCCUACGAGUGCACAGUGUUCUGCUGCCCGUGUGGUCCAGGUCCUCCUGUUUGGCCGCCUUCAAAGGCAUCCAUGGUAUAACCCGCUCCAUGAUGUGCGCCUCGAAGCCAUAUAGGCGCGACUCGUGCGAUGGCGACUCCGGCGGUCCGCUCGUCUUCAAGGGCCAACUGGCUGGCAUAGUGUCGUUCGGCUACGGCUGCGCCUCGGCUCUGCCCGGCGUCUACACCAGCGUGCCCACAAUCCGGGAGUGGUUCCUAUACAUCGUGAAGCUGCAUUCCUGAGCACUCGUAUGCUCACAGUAUUCCUAAUAGCCAAUAAACUUCUUUAGCUUUUAUCAAAC